CAAUUCUUCCUCCUUUAAAUUCUGUAUCGCACAGCCGCACGACCAAGUUGUGACUUCUCUGACUCUUCGUCUCUUCCCCUCCCGACAUCUCAGAACCUGUUCUACAUAAAUGAUUCAUAUUCAUAUGUCAUUACAUCGACCUAAAGCCACAUACACCUAGUUUUUUUGCUGGCGAAGUAUGGCAACAGCUCUGGCGCAGCUUUGCGCAAAGCUGCCCAUUUUGCCACACAUAUGUUAUUUUUAGCGCUGAUGAUGCUGUGACAAGCCUACGAAGCGUUGCCGGUGACUUCCUGACUGCACGACGUCAACAUGGACCGGCCUGGUAGUAGGCCGGCCGGACGCGUGCCGACCCUUCUUGACCACGCCCUAUACUCUGACAUAACAUCUAACGUGGAUAGCCCGAAGAAGCUGGCGUCGCAGUCAGCGGCUGCGACGGCAACGGCGUCAGCGGGCUCGGCAACCAAAGCCUUGCUCACCUACCUAAAGCAGCAAGCCCCGGGCGCAGCAGCUGACGUUGCCCCGGAUGUCUCCCUGCGGCAGAGCCGGGACGUGCCGGAACGACGCGUGCGCUUUGCGCCGGAAGCGCCGGCUGCGCAGUUUGUGCCGCCGGCCGCAGCUGCUCUUCCUGAGGCCAACGCGGACAAGGACAGGGCUGCCCGGUCACUGCGUGACGCGCUCAGUGCGGCUGCUGGGCGGGUCCCGGCGCCAGCGGCAGUGGCCCCGCCGGCCGAGCCAUCCGCCGUCGCCGCAGCCCGGCAUGACCUGGCCCUUCUGGAUAUGGAGCGUCGCAAGGUGGAGCUGCAGAGCAGCGCCCGGGCCGAGGUGCUGCGCAGCGAGCAGCAGCGCGCUCUGGAGCUGCUGCAGCGUGAGCGACAGGCGGUGCAGGCAGCAGCGGCCAGCGCGGACGAGCGGCUGCGGCGCGCGGAGACGGAGAUGCGCAGCCUGAGUCGCAAGGAGGAGGAGAUCCGCGCCAAGCUGGACAGGGCGGAGGAGCAGCUUGCCCAGCGCGAGUUCGAGGUGGCCCAGCGGGAGGAGGCGGUGCGCACCGCGGAGGAGCUGGCCCGGCGGUACAGCGCCAAGGAGGAGGCUGUGUGGGAGCGUGAGAAGGAGCUGCAGCACCAGGAGCUGGCGGUGGCCAAGGCUGAGAAGGCCGCGGAGCAGGCGCGGCGAGAGGCAGAGGCGCUGCGAGAGGCCUACAAGGAGCGCUCGGAGCGUAUGGCCGCCAAGAUGAGGGAGUGGGAGGAGGAGCGGGUGGAGGCGCGGAGGCGGCUGGACGCGGAGGCGACCGACCUGGAGGAGCGCCGCCGCGCUGUGUCACUGGAGCUGCACGAGCGGGAUGCCAGCCUGACGCUCCGCGAGCAAAAGCUGCUGGCUAGCCGCCAGCAGCUGGACGUAGACAGUGAGGCGCACGAGGCCGCCAGCGAGGAGACACGCAAGACCCUGGCGGCGGAGGUGGAAGGCGUGCGGGCGCAGGUGGCGGUGCUGACGCGGGAGCUGGAGCAGCUGCAGAUCACGCGGGAACGCAAGGCCGAGAAGCUGGACGAGGUCGCCAAACAGCUGGAGGAGGCGGAGCAGCAGCUGGCGCGGUUGACGGACGCUCGUAACGCCGCCCUCGACGACGCGCGGCUGACAGAGGCGGCAGCACAGCAGGCCCUGGAGUCCACGCAGGAGAGCUUCCGUGUGCUGCAGAAGGACUGCGCCGCCCUGAAGGAGGAGGUGUCUGCGCUGGCUCGGAACAAGGAGCUGCUAACCCAUACCAUUGACGAGGAGCGGGCAACCUGGAAGGCGCAACACAAGGCCGAACUGGAGGCUCUGCAGUCGGAGCAGCUGGUGGCGCGACGCGAGCUGGAGAGGAUCAAGGCUGAGGCGGAGCUCCUCGCGCAGAAGCAGGAGUCACGUGCCCGCGAGGUGGAGGAGUGGAUUGCAGAGCAGACGGCUCUGACCAAGGCCGGCAAGGCGCGUGUGGAGGCGGACGAGCGGCGGCUGCAAACGCUGGGUGAGGAGCUGUUGGCGCGGGAGAAGGAGGUGGCGGCGCUCAAGACGGAGCUGAGCGAGGAGCUGGCACGGGCGCAGCGCGACAGUGCCGCGGCGGCCGCGGAGCGGAGCAAGCUGCAGGUGGUCGCGGCAGAGCUGACGGCGCAGCAGACGGCGCUGGAGGAGGCCAAGCGCAACAUGGCUGCGGACGUGCAGAAGAGCCUCCGGGACAAGGAUGCAGCGCUGACAGAGCGACAAGCACGACUGGACCGCCGCCAGGCCGAGGUGGAGCAACAGCGCAACACGCUGGAGCUGGAGCACCAGCGUCGCAUGAUGGCGCUGGAGCUGAGGGAGCAGGAGGUGCAGAACACCUCCCGCUCCCUGGAGAGGCGCACUCAGGAGGUGGCACAGCUCGAGGCCCGUGUUGCUAGAGACAACGGUGAGAAGGAGGCGACGCUCCGCGGCCUGGAGGCAACACUGCGCAUGCAACAGGCGGACGUGGACCAGAAGCUGAGAGACCUGGCGGAGCAGCGCGACCGGGCCGCAGCGGACCGCAAGGUCGUGGCGGCGGAGCGCGCCGAGGUGGAGCGACUCUCCGCCGAGACGCGGCGCAUGCAGCGGGAGGCAGAAACAGCGCGUGACGAGACGCACCACCUGCAGGCACGUGCGGAGGCCCGCGAGCGCCGCGCCCGGGAGUUGGAGGAGCGUGCGGGUGCUGUGGAUCGUGAGCUCACUGCCAAGCUGGCGGAGCUGGCGGCCGCGGUGCAGGGUGCCAAGGCGCGUGAGGACGCCGCCGCUGACCGGGAGCGCGAGGCGGACCGUGUGGCUGGCCGCGAGGCGCGGGCGCAUGAGCUGUUGGCGGAGGCAGAGGCGGCACAGGCCGGCGCCCGGGCAGCGCUGGAGCAGGCAGCGGCCGAGCGCAGGUCCCUGGAGGCACUCAACAAGGCGCUGUCCUCCCUGAGCAACACGUUGGACGCGCGCGAGACCAAACUGCUGGCCACCUGGCGCGACCUCAACCUGCAGCUCAACAACCUGCGCAACGAGACGGCGCCCGCAACCGGCGACGCGGGCUUGGACGGCGUGGCCGUGGAUGAGCUGCCCGCUGCGCUGCGCACCAGCGUGUCAGCCGCUUCCGCGCCGCUCAGCUCCGUGCUAGCCGGCAUCGCCGAGGCCGCCGCCGCUGGCUCCAGCUCCGUAGCUGUGGCCGGCCAGCACCUGCACGGCCAUGGCCACGGUCCGUCGUCGCACGCAGCCGCCGUGGCGGCCGCGGCGGCACUGGAGCAGCGGCGUGCGGCAGUGGCGGACCACGAGACGGCCAUUCAGGAGCUGGCGCUGGGACUGCACCUGCGGCUGGCCAAGCUGGCGGCCUUCCACAAACAGACCAAGGCCGAGCAGACACGUGCGGCGGCGGCGCAGCAGCAGGCGGCGGCGGAUGCCCAGGCGCUGGUGCGGCGGGACGCGGAGCUGCGAGCGACGGCGGACGCGCUCAGCGAGGAGCGCACACAGCUGCUGGCGCUGGCAGGCCAGCUGCAGGCGCGCAGCGAGGCGCUUGACAAGCAGGAGAAGCAACUGGAGGCGAGCGGCCAGGAGCUGGCGCGCACCCGCCAGCAGCUGCAGGCCGCACAGAAUGCGGCGGCGGCGCGGCAUGCGGAGGCAGAGGCAGCCAUCCGGCGGUCGGAGGAGGCGGUGGCGGCUGCGGAUGCGCGCGCCAGCCGGGCGGAGCAGGAGGCAGAGAGGCGCGCGUCGGAGCGCGAAGUGGCGGCUGACAAGCGCGCUUCGGAGCGAGAGGCCGCGGCCGAGAAGAGGGCAACUGAGCGGGAGGUCGCUGCGGAGAGCCGUGCGUCGGAGCGGGAGGUGGUCUUGGAGAAGCGUGCCAGUGAGCGGGAGGCGGCGGUUGCGGAACGCGAGCGCGUGCUGGCAGCGGAGGCGGCACAAAAGACGGAGGAGCUCACAGCUCGGGAGAAAGACGUGGAGGGCGCGGAGGGCCGCCUGGCGCGCUGGGCGCAGCAGCUGGACGUCAUGUCGCAGCAGCUGACGGAGCGUGAGAAGGUGGUAGCCAAGCUGGAGGCGCUGAUGGAGGAGACGCUGGAGGAGCGCACCCGCCUGGCCGCCCGCCUGGACGAGGUGGAGGCGGCGCAGCGGCUCGUGCAGGAACAGCAGACGACACUGGGCGAAGAGCGCGACGCGCUGCAGCGGCGGGAGGCAGAGCUGACGGAAGCUGACCAGCGGCUGCAGCAGGACCUGGCUCGCCUGUCUGACCUGCAGCAGCAACGGCAGCAGCUGGUGGCCCAGCAGGCGGAGGUGGAGGCGCGAGUGGCGGAGCUUGACACCAAGGCAUCACAGCUGGCGGCUGCGCGUGAGGAGGUGGAGGAGGAGGCGCACAAACUUGAGGCGCAGGGCGCAGGGGCCGCCGCGCAGCUGGCAGCGGCACGAGAGGAGCUGGCGAGCGAGCGGCAGCAGCUGGAGGAGGCCGCCGCUCAGCACGCCAGCAGCGUUGAGGAGCUGACUGCUCGGGUGGAGGCGCUCCAAGCCCAGGAGCAGCAGCUCGGGCAGGAGCGGCAGCAGCUGCAGAUCGACAAGGAGGCGCUGCAGGCCGAGACGGAGGCGCUAGCCGCCAAGGCCGAUGCCACGGAGAAGCGGGCGCAGGAGCUGCAUGCGGACGCGCAGGCGCUGGCCGCCGAGCGGCUGGAGCUGCACGCGCGCAUGCGGCGCUCCACGCUGGACUACGAGACAGAGAUGGAGAGCGCGCGGGAGCUGGUGGAGCAGGCCAAGAGCCGCGCGCUGGCGGUCUCACAGGCUGAGGAGGACCUCGCGGAGCGGCUGAACUCCGCCAGCCAGCGCGAGGCGGAGCUGGAGGCGCGGGAGCAGGCGCUGCAGCGGGGGCUGGCGCAGGCGGGCUCGGAACGCGAGGACCUGUUGCGGCGGGCGCAGCACCUGGAAAGCCAGCGUGCGGAGGUGGAGGCGUCGCUGCAGCAGCUCGCGAGCCUGCAGGAGGGCCACGAGCGUGCAGUGCAGCAGGUGGCCGCGCGGGAGGCGCGAGUGGAGGCGCGGAUGGCGCAGCUGGUACAGAUGGACGCCGACCUCAAGGCGCUGCACUCGCGCCUGGACGCCGACCUGGACGGCUGGACCACCCGCGCGCGCGGCCUGCUGGAUGUGCGGCGCGCUGCGCUGGACGGCCUGGCGCAGCGCGUCGGCGCGGACCUGGACGCGCGGCAGGCGGAGCUGCUGCGGCAGGAGGGCGCAGUGGCGAGCCAGCUGCGCUCGCUGGGCACGCAGCUGCAGGCGGAGGUGGAGGCGGCGCAGAAGCAGGCGGCAUCGGGCUGGGAGUCCAAGCUGCAGCAGACGAGCACGGCACUGGAGGACAAGCAGCGGUUGCUGGAGCUACUGCAGACGGAGCUUGAGGAGCGGGGGGCAGAGCUGCAGGUGGCCAACCACAAGCUGCAAGAGGCACAUGAGCAACUGCGCACCUCGCAGCGGCACGGCGAGCAGCUGCAGCAGCAGCUAGCGGCGGCGCAGGAGGCGACCAAGGCCGCGCAGAAGGCCGCCGCCGCCGCGGCCGCCACCGCCGCUGAGGAGCGGUCUCGCCUGGAGGCUGAGGUGCGGCGUGCGGAGCGGGCAGUGCACGACGACGCGGCGAGCGCCGCCACGGCGGGAGCGGCGGAGCGGCAGCGGCUGCAGGCGGAGGUGCAGCGGUCACAGGAGGCGGUGCGGCAGGCGAAAGAGGACCUGGACUCGGCACUGGCGGUCGUGGACCGCCUAACAGCGGAGGUGGCAAGCGCCCAAGACGCCGCCAAGCGGCAUGAAGCUGAGCUGACGGAGGUGCGGGCAGCCGCAGCACGUGCCAGUGAGCAGGAGGCGCAGCAGCGCGCCGCCGCCGAGCAGGCGGUGCAGCGCGAGCGUGCCGCGGCCGCGCGUGUGUCGGCGCUGGACGGCCAGCUGGCGGGCAUGCGCACCGAGAUGGCGGUGCUGGAGGGGCAACUGGCGGCGGCGCGGGAGCAGCUGGAAGCGCACUCGCAGGGGCAGUCCAAGCAGCGGCAGACUUCGGUGGAUGAGGCAGCCACUCUACGCCGUGAAGUCCUGGGGCUGCAGGCGCAGGUCGCGGACCUGACGCGUCGCCAGGCACAGGCUGUCGACGAGCAGUCGCGCAGCCUUCAGCAGCGGCAGACAGAUCUGGACAAACUGUCGGAGCGUCUGCAGCAACGCGAGCGGGCGUUGGCAGAGGCAGAGGCGGCGGCAACUGCGCAGCGCGCGGCCCUUGAAGUGCAACAGCAGCAGCUUGAUGCGGAGGCGCGGGCAUACGGCGAGCGCUCGCAGCGGCUGGAGGCCCAAGCGGAGGAGCUCAAAGCCACAGGGCAGAAACUGCAGGAAAUGGAGCGUGACCUGGCGGCAGGCCAGGCAGCCCUGGCCACACAGAGGGAGCUGACGGCGGCAGCAGCCGCGGUCUCACACUCGGAGCGUCUGCAGCAACGCGAGCGGGCGUUGGCAGAGGCAGAGGCGGCGGCAACUGCGCAGCGCGCGGCCCUUGAAGUGCAACAGCAGCAGCUUGAUGCGGGGGCGCGGGCAUACGGCGAGCGCUCGCAGCGGCUGGAGGCCCAAGCGGAGGAGCUCAAAGCCACAGGGCAGAAACUGCAGGAAAUGGAGCGUGACCUGGCGGCAGGCCAGGCAGCCCCGGCCACACAGAGGGAGCUGAUGGCGGCAGCAGCCGCGGUCUCACAAUCAGAGCGUCUGCAGCAACGCGAGCGGGCAUUGGCAGAGGCAGAGGCGGCGACAACUGCGCAGCGCGCGGCCCUUGAAGUGCGGCAGCAGCAGCUUGAUGCGGAGGCGCGGGCACACGGCGAGCGAUCACAGCGGCUGGAGGCCCAAGCGGAGGAGCUCAAGGCCACAGGGCAGAAACUGCAGGAAAUGGAGCGUGACCUGGCGGCAGGCCAGGCAGCCCUGGCCACGCAGAGGGAGCUGACGGCGGCAGCAGCCGCGGCCUCACAGUCGGCCGACGCCGCCAUGUCACGGCUUGAGCAAGACGCUGUAAAGCUGGAGGCUGAGCGGGCGGCUCUGGCGGGAGAGCGCGCGGCCGUGGCGGCGGAGCGGCAGCACCUGGAGGCGGAGCGUGGCCGCCUAGCAGCGGAGCAGGCGCGCCUCAGUGCCCUGUCGCAGGAGCUUUCACUAAAAGAGCUGCGGCUUGCCACCGGCGAGGCGGACUUCCUGCGUCUCGAGGCCGAGGCGGCGCGGCUGCGGGCGCUGGGCGAGGAGCUGGGUCGGCGGGAGGCGGGCCUGGCGGGUGCAGAGGCGGAGCGUGCUCGCCUGGAGGGCCGGGCGGCCGCACUGGACCGGCGCGAGGCCGACCUGCAGCUCAAGCAAGACGAGGUGGACAGGCUGCGUGAGACGCUGCGUACCCAGGAGGCGGACCUGGCGCGGCAGAACGCGGCCGCCCGGGCACUGGUGGAGGACAAGCAGCGGCAGAUGGAGGCGGUGGCGCGGCAGGGCGACGACCUGGCAGCGCAGCAGGCCGGCCUGCAGGCGUUGCGCCAGGACGUGGCCUCGAAGCUGGACGUGGGCAUGGCGGAGCUCAGCGGGCGGCAGGAGGCGUUGGAGGCAGCACGCCAGGAGCUGCGGCGUGCGGAAGCAGAGAUCUCUGCAAGGGCCACUGACGUCGCGGAAGCCGAGGCCCGCAUGCUGGAGCAGCGGUCGGCGCUGGCGGCUGAGACGCGGCGGCAAGCGGAUGAGGCACAGCGCCUGGUCCGGGAGCGGCAGGCCAUCGCGGAGCUCCAGCGCCGCACUGAGGAGGCGCACGAUGAGGUCCGGGCGGCCGCGGCGGCCGUGACGGCGCGCGAGACGGCGGUGACGGCGCGCGAGGACGAGCUGGCGGCACGGGUGCAGCGGCUGCGGGAGCACGAGGCAGACCUGCGGGUGCAGGCGGUCCUGGCUCGGAAUGCGGAGGCGCGCGCGCAGCAGGCACUGGGCGAGGCGCAGGACGCGGCAGGCGUCAUCACUUCCAGGGCCAUGGCGGCGACAAGUCCGGUGCGGGGUAGCGGCUUCGCGUCCCUGCCGGCGCCGUCCAUGUCAAUGUCAAUGCGGGAGUCCCAGAACUGGGCGUCACAGCAGGCGCAGCAGGCCCAGCCGCAGCAGGGCUUUGUGGAUGGCGGCCGCGGCGACGGCGGCGCAUACCUGACUAGCCUCGCCAUGCAGGCGUUGCCCAGUGGUGCUGGGGGCGGCCCUGCCGCAAGGACUGCUUCCUAUGCUCCAGGCAUGGCCAGCACCGCCCCCGUGCAGCGCUCCUCGCGCGACGCCGCGCCGCUGCAGCAACAGUCCCAGCAGCAGCAACAGUUCGCUGGUCGACAGGGCGGCAGAACCUCUUCCGUUGGCGAGGGGACGGUUGCCUCUUUCAACCAAAUGUUACCUCAGCAGCAGCAGCAAGCCGGCUACGGCCAGGCCUCCUACGGGCCGCGCGGCAGCCAAGGCCAGCCGCAGGCGCAGCUGCCAUCGCAGCCGCCUAGCCUUCUCGACGCCUUUUCUGAGCGCCCCUUCCUGCAACAGCAGCAACAGUCGCGCCAGCAGCAACAGGUGCUGCCGGGUCUUGACGUGUCGGCCUCCACGGCAUCCCUGCGGGGGCCGCUGCCGUCCGAGACGCCGCGCGUGCUGCAGCGCACGCAAGCGCCGUCUGCAGCUGGGGGCUACCGUGGACAGCAGCAAGCGCAGGGGCUGGCCGGCGAGGGCGGCAGCGGGGGUGGCAGUGAGCGGCCAUUGGAGAGCGGCGCCCCGACGCCGACGGGCAGGUCCGACACGCCGCUGCUUGGGUCCGUCAUCGCGGAGGCUCAGCGUGCAAGGCAAGCACGUGCUGCCAUGCAGCCCGCACAGCAGCAGCAGCAGCAGCAGCAGCCCUCCAGCCGGUUUGCGUACGUUGAGCCGCCGCCGCCGCCCCUCUUCGCGGAGACAUCCUCCGCCUCCACCGCCUCCGCCCAGCAGCCGGUCUUUGGGGCCGGCGCGGGCUAUGCAACGGGGGCCAUGCCCACGCCGGCGGCAGGAGGCGUUGGCGGCAACGCGGGCCUGAGUGCUAGCGGCGGCCUGCCCGGCGGCGCUGGCGGCCUGGCGCGGCAGCAGCGCACGCUGCAGGUGCUGCUGGCGAGCACCAGCAACUCGGCACAGCGCGGCCAGGAGCGGCUGCAGCGGCUGUACCGCAUCACGGAACCCAUGGCCGCCGACCUGGGCCGGGCUGAGCGGCCGCUGCUGGAGCGCUGCCGCACCGCCCUGGACAUGCUGGCCGCAGAGCUGGCCACACUGCAGGCGGCGCUCCAGCACACCAGUCAGGCUGUGGCGGGUGCGGGCAGCGCCGCGGAGCUGGCCGAGUCGCGGCGGCUGGUGGAGAGCCACCAGCACUCGCUGGCGGCGUGGGAGGCGGGCGUGGCGGAGCAGAUGCAGAUCGUAUCGGAGCUGCAGGACCCUGCGCGACGCGGCUCGCUAGUCCGGGCGCUGCGGCGCAGCAACGAGGGCGCUGACCUGGUGGCGGCGGGGCUGAUCAGCCAGAACAGCCUGAUGAUGGACUAGAGGACUGCUGGGGGUCUUGAUGACGGGCGGGGACUUCAGGUGAAAGGCGCCAUGCGUUGAGCGUCGUUGAGUGUGACUGAGGGCUGAAGCCGUGAGUGCUGUUGGUGCGCACGAGGUGCAAGGAGUUCGCAUUCCUGACUGAUUCAUAAAUUACAGACUUCUUUCACACACACCAAAGUGUGCCACGUGACCCAUGAGUUGAUACGGCGUGUCAUGACACUACUGUACGAUUUACAGGGCUCAACAUUGAUGCACAUGCAACACACAUGCUCACCGUAAUUGUGGGCGCUUCCAGACUUUGUAACCUAGAUACAGU